AUGGAGCUAACAGACCAUUAUGAAAAUAUGAACAAGUUUCACCGCGUCGAACAAGAACGUGGAGUCCAACCAGCAGAACACGUUGGAAGAAAACUCUUACCCGUGGUGGUGUACAUAUUGCUGGGCCUCUGCAUCCUGCUCUCCGCUCUGACCCUUGGUGUUGUAGUGGUACAGUUUGCAGGAAAUUUGGAGAAGUCAAGCUGCUCAAUCGCCAAACAGCAGGCUGAGAUUUCAAACCUGAGGGAGGGAAAUUUUGAGAAGAUUAACGGCUCACUCGCAAAACUUCAGGCUGCGAUUUCACAGCUGAAGGAGAAUCUGCCAGCUCUGCAAUCUUUCAACAAAUGGAAAUUCUUCAAUCACAGACUGUAUUACUUCUCAUUAUCUGAAGUAACGUCGGAUGAAGCUCAAGAAUUCUGCGCCUCAAUGAACUCCAAACUUGUGGUCAUUAACAGUGGGGAGGAACAGGCAUACAUCGGGGAAAAUAGAAAACAAAAUCAUUGGAUUGGACUCCGUUACUCUGCCAAAGAACAGACUUGGCGUUGGGUGGAUGGCACGAAUUAUACUUCAAAUGUUAAGUUCUGGGCGAGAGGUCAACCCAAUGGUGGCGAAGACUGUGUUACAGUGUCUGAUAAUGGAUUGUGGCACGAUUGGCCAUGCAAUGACAAUCAUUUCUUCAUUUGUGAGAAGCCGGCAUGGUAACCGUGAUGCACUGAGCGAAGUCCACUACUCCCCAUAGCUUCUUAAGUUCCCGUACAUAUUUUGACUUCUUUCCGGACUCCUCCCCUUUCCAUGCUCAAAUUUCAAACUUUUCCAUCCUAACUCUGUUCAUGGUGCUCCCAUCGUGCCUGUGCAAACUUCAACUGAAAGCAUUGAUUAUCGUGCAUGCCUGUGAGUGAAUCUGAUUCAGUUUUCCUGCCCGGCUAGUGGAAGGUGUUAAAACAAUACCCCUUAUAUCUUCUCAAGGAAUCUGUCUUACACGGCAUCACCACCGCUCCCCAUCCAGUUCUCUGGGAGAUCACGCGAACAUCGGGGCAAGUUAAGUUUGCACACAGUGAGCUUCAUAUCCUGCU